AUGAGCAUGCCGACUCCUCUCGCCGAGCGGCAUGCCGCGGCAUUCCAGCUCGCUGCUUUCGCGGCGCUGGUUUUGGUAGCCCUGAUCGCACUGUUGCAUCGCAGCGGGCUCAAGCGGCCGAGCGCAAGAAUCGUGUCGCCGCCACCGCAGCUGAAGCGACCGAGCGCUGUCGCUCCAAUCGAGCGCAUCAGCUCCGCCGCAUUCAAUGGCGCGCACUGUGAGAAGGGUGUGCGAGCGUCGCGUGAGCGCGCCGACGCGCUUCUUCUGGCUCGGCAGGACACCUACAUCGGCUACAUGACGCUGCGCACAGAGCCAGGCCUGGUUUUCUUCGCACGGCUCGGUGCCGCGAUCGUCGGCCCCGCAACCGGCAAACCGAGUCCGGGCUGUGCCGUGAGCGUGCUCUCAAGCAGUGAAACGAUCAUCCUAGACAAUCGGGCUGCGCCAAAAGCACCCGCUCUCGCAUCGCGACGAACCCAAUACGCCUCGCCCGGCUCGAGAGAGUUUCUUCCUCAGCACACGCUCUUCGCGGCGGGAGGCGGAACGAGCGCGUCGGAGUGCGUCGAGGGGGGCGUCGGAUCGUGCUGGCUCAUCGCGGCGAUGGCCUCGGUCGCCGCUCACCCGGGGGUCAUCCGGCGCAUGCUGCAGCGAGGCGGCAGCGCCGGAGCCUACGUGGUGACGCUGCACUCUCCGUUCGACGCUUCACUGCCGCCGACGAAGGUUGAGGUCGAAGAGACGCUGCCGGCGUGCUGCAUUGGCGCCGGCGCUUGCGCUGCGGCCUAUGCCAAGCCAGCCAUGGACGACGACGCGCAGGCUGCCGCCGUUCUCUGGCCCUGCCUGGUGGAGAAGGCGUGCGCGGCGUCUGGGCUGUUUGCCGCCGGUGGGCAAGGGUACGAGGGGCUGAACGGAGGUGAUCCUGCCAGGGCGCUGCAGGCGCUCACCGGCGUGGCGCCGUCGGUGUUCCGGCUCGCGGGCGAGGCGCCCGCCGCUGUGGACGCGACUCUGCAGUCCUUCCUAGAGACGGGCGAGCACGCGAUCUGCUUGGCGUCUGCCAUCUUCGAUGCGCACGCGCAAUCGGACACGGUCUCCCACGACGGGGUGCAGCAGGACCACUGCUACUCCCUCCUCGCCUCCCGUCCUCGUUCUGCGCGCCAGCGCUCUGCCUCGAGCGAUCUGGAUCGGGCAGAGGCCGACAAGCCGCCGCACGAGUUCCAGCUGCGCAACCCGUGGGGACGGCGGGGGCUCGCCCAACCCGGGGCGCCGUUGCGUGACACCUCGGAUGGGCUGUUUUGGAUGACGGCGGACACCAUCGCGGAACUGUUUGUGGAGGGCUACGCCGUGAGAGUGUCGCAGGACCCCGAAGGUUAA